AGGAGCGCAGGGCGCAGCUUUUUCCCGUGGCAGGGCGGAGGAAUCGCCACCUCCAGGGGCUGCCACUGAAGAUCGAUUUUUGGGGCAAAAAACCCAGCCGCGCAGAGCCUUCCCCCUCCGCUAUCAGCCCCCUUUCUGGGCGGUAUUUCCCCCCGUCAGGCUGCAGGGCAGGGGGGCGGCGGUUAACGGCCGCCCAACGGUCUGAGCAUGCGCAGCGGCGGCGCUGUCCUUGUAGAGGCGGCGGGCGGUGCCGCCAUGCUGCCGCUGCCCUUCGCGUGCCGCGGGGAGGUGGUGAGGGGCUUCGGCAGGGGCUCCCGCCAGCUGGGCGUCCCCACCGCUAACUUUUCUGAUCAAGUAGUCGAAAGCUUUCCAUCCGAUAUCCCUACUGGUGUAUACUAUGGAUGGGCCUCCGUUGGAAAUGGAGAUGUGCAUAAAAUGGUUUUGAGCAUAGGAUGGAAUCCUUUCUAUAAGAAUAUUAAGAAAUCAGUGGAAACUCACAUUAUCCAUAAUUUCAAAGAAGACUUUUAUGGAGAAAUUCUUAAUGUAGUCAUUAUUGGAUAUAUUCGAUCAGAAAAAAACUUUAACUCUUUAGAGGCACUCAUUUCAGCAAUUAAAGAAGACAUUGAAGUGGCAAAAAGACAACUAGGUUUACCAGAACAUCUUAAACUCAAAGACAAUUUCUUUCAUCUGCUAGAAGAGAAAAUAGUAAACCACUGAGGAAAAAACUUUUUCUUCUCUUAUGGACCUCUUUUCUUUGCCUGGCCAUGUAUCAUUUGAUAUAUGACAUAGACCUGUACUAGGUCUUCCUAGGAUGAAGUUAAUUUUCUUUGUAACAGCUUGUAUGGUGCUGUGUUUUUGAUUUGUGACCUAACGCAUUAAUGUUUUAUCUGUUCCGGAACAGUGUUUACACAGUGUCAAGGCCUUCUGUUUCUCACUCUGCCCUCUCAGUGCAUCCACUGGGGCUGCGCAAGAAGCCGUGAGGGGACACAACCAGGGAAAUGAUGCAAACUAACCAAAGAGAUAUUGCAUACCAUGCCGUGUUGUGCUCUACCAUAAAAUGGAGGGAGGGUAGAGAUUCAGGUAGGAUAGCCAUCUUUUUCUUGGGUACUGGCUGGACAUUGGCCUACCCGUGGGAGGCAGUGAGUGAUUAACUUCGCAUCAUUUCAUUUCUUUUUCUUAUUCCACUUCUUUCCUUAUUAAAUUGUCUUGACCCAUGAGUUUUCUUGCUUUUGCUUCUCCUUUCCUCCUCCUUUUCGCACUUACAGGAGUGGGUGGAACUGAGCGAGUGUCUAUAUGGUAUUUAGCUGCCUGGUAGGGUUAGCCCACAACUGCCUGUUUGGGUGAUUCUGAUCAGACCUGAACACUAAAACGACACAAGAUUUAAGUUUUCUUUUGUCGAAUGGUCACUAAACUAGUUGUGCAAAAGGAGAAGGCUAUUGUGGUAGGUCCUUAUAGAUAAAUUGUUAACCCAUUAUUGUAAGUCAUUUAGAGAUCUUAGUCCAUUUGGAGCAUGACCAGAGUUAAUUACCUCUACUGCCCCUAAGGUGUGAAGAGUUAAAAACAUCAAAGAAGAUUGUCAGUUUUCACAUAAAGAAUAUUACUUUUAAUUUGUUUCCCAAAUUUGUAUCUGGCUUUUAGCUAGCAGCUUAGAAAUAUGUAAUAUUGAGACAAAUGUUGACUUCUUGUAUCUGAAGCCAUUGAUUCUAUAACAGUAACAAGAAUGAUUCAUAAUUGUUCUUAUUUUUUGAUAUGCUAUACAUAUAUCUGUCAUAAUUGAAAUUAUUUAUUGUAGCCUUAAUUGAAGUAGAAGAAGUCUUUGUUACUCACUGAGUUACUGGAAUGUGAAAUAAAAGCUUCUGCCUAGUUAAAUGUACAUGUGGCAAUGCAUGACAUGCUUAGUUUUCUUCCGAGGAAGUGUUUCAUUAAGGUUCAGAGAAUGAAUGACAGGGAGAAAGUUGAUUUAUGUCAAAGGUUUCAGGCUCAAAGGGUAAGGAACCAGUUUAACAAUAUUUCUAAGGCAGGGAAGGUAACCAAAGGCAACUGCAUUUUAGUUGCUGCUGGCAGCUACUUUAGAUAAGGAGAACCCUUGGGUUCAUUAUACUAACAAUGAUACGGUGGGCUUAAAAGUUGAGGUUAGAACGUAAGGCAUAGGAAAGUCCUUUCAACCCUCUACACUAAUUGUAGGUAAAAUCCUAACUUUUCACUGUAGAUCAGUGAAAGUCUUUGGAGAUUUGUAGACUACUAUAUGAACGUUUCAGAAGGUACUCAGUAUUUAUUACAAGUCAUGGUGGCCUUUCCCACUCUGAAAUGUUUGCACAAGCAAGUGCAGGGUAUGUUGUCAAAAUUAACUAACUUGGAAGAGAUCUGUUAACGCAUACACCUACUUGGAAACGUACUCUGUAUUUGGAAGCCUGUACUUCUAAAUCUACUUCCCCCACGCUCUAGCACAACUUUCUGAAUUUCUUCCUUGUCCCACCUCACUUUGAAUUUCAAUCCAACAUUUCAGAGAGCUUGGAUGAAGUAGACUGAGGAAUUCUCUGCUAGAACCCUGUCAGCAUGCCAGGGUUCUAGUUCCUCUUAAUAGUACUUACAUUUCAGCCAGUAUUCUAGGAUAUUUUUGGAAAAGGCCUUGAGCAAGUCAAAGAAUUGUUAUAGGACGUACACAGAAGCUUCAUUAUUAAAAGGAAUUGCUCAUCAGUCCUGCUGAUGGCAAGAUAGAAGGGAUACACCUCUUGAGGGAGGAAAGAAUGAUUUCCAUAAAAGCACUUACUGCAAUAAACAAAGCAGCAUUUUGGCCUAUGUUGCUAAGGUUGUUUAUAAAUUUAACUCUCCAAAGACACUGGCAAUUUUGUCUUAGCUGUUGCCUGGAUGUUUUCAGCACACUUUAACCUUCUUAGGAGGAAAACAUAAAAAAACAAACAAACAAAAAAACCAACUGCUGUCAGAAAUGCUUUUAUUUAAAAACAAACAAAAAAAACAAAAAACAAAAAACACAACAACGUAGAUUUACUUUAUUGCAUGUUGGAAUUCUCUGUAAGAAUUGUCUUGAAAGUGAUAGUAGUUUUAUGUUUUUUUUUUUUUCCAUUUUAAAAUAUAGUUGUGAUAGGGGAGAAUUUUUUUCCACGUGUAGGAAGAGAUUCUUGAGUUGGUAAUGAUGCCAAGGUCUUAUUUUAUGUUUUACUUUCUGAAGGAACAAAUAGUAGCCAUGCUAAUCAAUGAAAUGUGUUGUCAACAUAAAGAAUAAAUCUUUAUUCACUGUAGUAUUACAGCUAAGCUCAUAGCUGCCUUUAAUUUAUUUUUUUUUUGCCACUGAUUUUUGUUUAUUGUGGAAACCCUGGUGCCUUAAGCUGGUUGUCUUAGUAACACUAUUCUGUAAGUGCUAAUGAGUGCUACUGUACAAAAUUAAUUUCAUCAUUUGCUUUCAGAACAGCUAUGCUUGAUAGAGAGCAGUACCUAAAGAAAAGUUUGAGAAACUUAAGUUGCUCAUAGCUCUCACUUAAAGUAUGAAGAAUGUUAACAGUAAACUAAUAAACUGGUCUUUGCACAUUUGUGUUCAUGUUUGAGAAAAUGUAAUUGCAUUCAUUUGGUUGAAUGUAUAUAUCCAUGCAUUAUUUAAGAUCAAAUACUGUAUUCCUGUUCAUUACAUGAUUUCCAGUACUGUAUAAGCUUUAUGAAGGGUUAUAUUUUUCCACUGUGUGCAAAUAACUAUUUAAAUUUGUUGUAGCACUGUACUGUGAAUAAAAGAAUGUAAUUAAGAACCUUGUAAUGCUGCUUAUCACAGAUGUUCUGAUUGAUUGUAUUGUGAUGCAAAUCAUUUCUGCAUAUUCUUUAGCAUAUACUGAAAGAGGUGCAGAGUUCUUUCAUUAUGCUCCUUAAAUUUCUUGCAGAGUCAAAGGGGGAAAAAUGUUCAUCUUGCUUAUAGACUUGCUGCUACAAUAUUUGUUUGAGAUGUUUUCAGUUUUAUAUAUAAAGGUAAUACACGAGCACCAAGUGAAACGUAAGGAUCACUGAAAUUGUUGGAGUUCAAGCAAUACAAGUAUUUCUGUAGCUUCAAAUACUUAAAAAAAAAAAAAAAAAAAAGCCUAUAUUUUUUUUCCCAUACAUUUUAAAUUGACUGUUGCCUCCUGAAGUCUAUUCCUGUUGUGAAAUUGAGUUGGUAAUCUGGGAAUGUCAGUAUCAGAAGUUUUUUCAAAUGCACAUGUGAGAUAAUGGUCUUACUUGGAUAACUGUGGCAUUAAACAGCCUGAGGGUCUAACAGCCUAAAAACCCCAGGCUUAGCAGAUGUUAAAUUGGACCAUGCCUUUGUGUUUUGAAAAAAAUAAGGGAGCAAAGUCUGGAAUAGUUGAUCAUACAGGCUGCUUGUAUAGCUUGUAUAUUUUGAAUUGUGAAUAUGAGAUCCUUGAAACAGGUAUGAAGCCUGUAUUCAGUUGGUAUCUUUUUUACUUUGAGAGAUUCCCUGUGUAUAUGGUAUGACUUUGUCUAAAACUAAUUGAAAAUGAAUUAAAAAAUCAUAUUUAUGUACUUAAUUUUAAGCUAUAAAAGGUAAAUAUUGUGUUAAAAUUAUUACUAAUGUGAAUAACAUGCAUUUUCUAUAACUGUUACACAAAUGUUGUAAACAUAGAAUGUCAAACAUUUUUCCAGAUGAAUACAGUGAAUUAAUUCAAAUGCUAGGAAAUAUCAUUAGUAGUGUUCCUGCUAGAGAGUGGUACUUGUGCGUUCUUAUUUACUGAUUUUUUUUUGCAAGCUCUUUUGCCACACCUGUGUUGAUAAAUUGUACUGAGCCAAAGGAGAUGAGAAGUUAAAGAUGUGUCUCAUAAUUCUAGUUACAUACAAUAAUCACAAAACUGCAGUAGGUGAACUUUGAAAGUUUUCCCCAAGAGGCACUGUACUACUUUGAUGUCUUAGAUGUUGAUAACCUUGGUAUCCUUAGAAGCUGUUUUUAAAGGACUAUAUGCAGCAAAUAGCUUUUUGAAUUCUUAUUUUGCCUUCCGCAAUUCUUAGAAAUAGUUUAUUCAACUUCUGAUCUGUAAGAAUCACUGCUGUGGUUUAUAAUAAAGGUUAUUGCUAGUA